AUGCUGCUAUUCUUUGGAAUUUUGUUUAAUGCACAAGCUCAUGAAGAUAUCACCAGCAAUCAAUUACAACAUAGUCUCAGUGGUAGAUUCUUUCGUCUUGCAUGUCCUAGUUCGCUGGAAUGUCGAUCAAAGUGGGGGUUUUGUGGAAAGGGACCAGAAUACUGUGGUGAUGGUUGCCAAGGUGGACCAUGCACAGCUGGCAAUAUAGCAUGUCCUGACUCAACAGAAUGCCGAUCAAAAUGGGGCUUUUGUGGAAAAGGAUCAGAAUACUGUGGUGAAGGCUGCUUAUCUGGACCAUGCACGGGAAGUAGUGGCAAUGGAGAUGGAGUUACUACAUUUCAAGGAAAAGCAACAUACUAUAUUGUUAGUAGUGGCAAUACAGCUUGUGGAACAAGACAUGGUGAUAAUGAGUAUAUUGCUGCAUUGAAUGGAGCCCAAUUCGAUCCGCACACACCAAAUGGUAAUCCAAAUAGAAAUACUUUAUGUAAUAAAUUAGCUAAAGUAGUUGGUCCAAAGGGAUCUAUUACAGUCAAAGUUGUUGAUAAAUGUCCCGGAUGUCGUUAUGGUGAUCUGGAUCUAUCUAGAGCCGCUUUUCAAGCAGCUGUUGGUAAUCUCGGCAUUGGUAUUGCAAGUAUAACUUGGAAUUGGAUUUAA